ACAGGAAGUAGCAACUCAACAGGAAUUAGUUUUCUGGAAACUUUUACCGUCAAACGCAAACAAAGGCUUGAAUCUAAAAGACUAAACUUCUGUGUAGGAAGUGAGUUCACUUGUCGGACUCGAGUUUCAUCAUCCGGUGUUAGACACUGAGAGACUCGACGCUUCCGGGUCCGAGGGUCAUCGUCUGUGUUUGUUGACAUGGAGUCAAACAGCUGAGCAGCUAGCAGUUAGCAUCCUAGCUCAGUGGAACCGACUCACACGAGCUGUCACAUCGUCUCCAUGAAUGAAACUUAACCCUAGAGGACGAGGUAACACACUCUCUCUAACAGGGAAGCGGUGGUUCUAGGUCCCGGUGGAUCUGCUGGAAGUGUGACUGUGAUGCUAAGCUAGCGAGCAGCGCUAGCAGGGUCCUUCCAGACCAGCGAAGAAGAAGUUGUUGUUGCAGCUGAGCCUCGGGCCAGCUUCGGAGGCCUCGAUGUGCAACAUCCCGUGUUCCUGCGGGAACUGGAGGAGGUGGAUCCGGCCGCUGGUGGUGGUCCUGUACAUCCUCCUGCUGCUGGUGGUCCUGCCACUUUGCAUCUGGGAGCUGCAGAAGUCUGCGGUUAGCACACACAACAAAGCAUGGUUCAUUGCUGGGAUAUUCGUCUUCAUGACCAUACCCAUAUCAUUAUGGGGCAUUCUUCAGCAUCUGGUUCACUACACUCAGCCGGAGCUUCAGAAACCUAUCAUCAGAAUAUUAUGGAUGGUCCCAAUCUACAGCCUUGACAGUUGGCUUGCACUGAAAUACCCCAGCAUAGCGAUCUAUGUGGACACAUGCAGAGAAUGCUAUGAGGCCUACGUCAUCUACAACUUCAUGACCUUCCUGCUCAACUACCUGGAAAACCAGUACCCGAGCCUGGUGCGGAUGCUGGAGGUUCAGGAGCAGCAGAAACACCUGCCUCCUCUCUGCUGCUGCCCACCAUGGCCGAUGGGAGAGGUUUUACUGUUGAGAUGCAAAUUGGGAGUGUUACAGUACACAGUCGUAAGACCUUUCACAACAGUGAUUGCCUUAAUCUGUGAGCUGUGUGGAGUGUACGAUGAAGGAAAUUUCAGUUCCACAAAUGCUUGGACGUACCUGGUCAUCUUCAACAAUAUGUCACAGCUGUUUGCCAUGUACUGCCUGGUGCUGUUCUACAGAGCCCUGAGAGAGGAGCUGGGUCCAAUCAAACCAGUGGGCAAAUUCCUGUGUGUGAAAAUGGUGGUGUUUGUCUCUUUCUGGCAAGCCGUGUUCAUUGCUCUGCUGGUGAAAGUGGGAAUCAUUUCAAAGGACCGCACAUGGGAAUGGAACAGUGUGGAGGCUGUCGCUACUGGAUUGCAGGAUUUCAUCAUAUGUGUGGAGAUGUUUCUGGCAGCUAUUGCCCAUCACUACAGCUUCACUUACAAGCCUUACAUCCAGGAGGCCGAGGAGGGCUCGUGCUUUGACUCUUUCAUGGCAAUGUGGGACAUAUCUGAUGUCAGAGCAGACAUUUCUGAACAAGUCCGCAAUGUUGGGAGAACAGUUCUGGGUCGUCCGAGGAAGUCUUACUUCGGCGAGGCGGAGAGCGAUGGCGAGCGAUCUGGCUUGCUCUCGUCGGCCUCCCAAGACGCCAUCACCGAGGCGGCAUCCGACCCAGUGUCGCCCAACGGUCAGUACCAGGGCCUGGGGAGAACCCUCACGCCCCACUCCCGGUCGGCUCCCGCUGGGCUCAGCUCGCUCCCAUGGGACGAAGGGUAUGAAGCUAGACCCGAAGACACCCAGGAAGAAGACCGGACCGACCAAAGCACGGACGUGGCGGAGGGAGAUCUCAUUGUGAUCACUUAGCCCAACAUCAGAGCUGAUGUCACCAACAGACUCUACCACACAUGGUUGGGCAGGACCCAAUUAAAGCCUUGCCAUUUUCCUGCAGACAUACGUUACUGAUUCAACAGCAAAGGGCACAUCCGCCAAAUAGUUGUAGACGUUUGCCAGCAAAGGCAAAGCUAGAUGGACCUAUCUGCCAGUGACAGCUCGGUGAAUGUUUAGAUGGAGUUAUGGCUUAAUGAUUUGUAGGUUACAAGCAUUUUAGCCAGUUUGCAUAUUAUUAUGCUCAUUAAGCUAUGCCAGAAUGGUUUUUAUCCACUUUCAUUGGCAAAGACUCGUUGGUCUGUUUUAUCAUGUGUCCCAAAGAGCCCGGUCUUGUGUUGUUGUGCUCCUUAAGGUCAGUCUACAUGAAACCUCCUGAAGUCCCAGUGAAGCAUGUAUCUACGUGUCAGUACUUUCAUGGUACAAUCUCAAAAUGUGAAAGAAAUAUGCAACUUGUAAAAGACAAAUGUUACCUUCACAUUAUGUCUGAAGACUAAAGCACAUGAUGUGUACAGAGCCGUCUUUUUUUUCUUUAACUUAACCAGUUGAGGAUGGAGAAGUUAAAGAAAAUAUUCUAAAUAAAUUAAGCAUUACAGCAUUACAGUGAAAUUAAAGCAAGGGUUAGUAAUCUUGGAAAAGGAAGCAGGAGCAGGCUACACAUACAUUCCCCUCCCGUCAAAGCUCUAAAACACGUUAUCGCACAACUGCUAGAAGCAAAUUUUUCCAUGAGUCACUCACUAAGCUUCUGUGAGAGCACAUGCAGGUCCAGAUGAAAUGAUUAGUCGUGUUUAUUAUUGUCCUGCAAGGGCCAUUGACACAGAGGAAUGCAACAAAUAAGAUAAGUAGUUCAGAAACAACUUACCAACCCAAUCAUCCAAUAUUGCAUCCAAUCAUGCUUUUGUGAAAGUAUAAAGAUGCUGAGCAGGUACUGAAGGUUUUGACAUGAACGAAAAUGAUGUGUCUUGUUUCCUAAGACCUUUGCGGUGACCAGAUUAUAAACUCAACUGACCUGGGAGAAUAAUACAAAGGGUGAUCACCCUCCAGUAGAAUUAGUGGAAUCAAUGUCAAAGCACAUGGAAGCUGUUUUGGUGGCUCAACACCAUACUAGACACUUUAUGUUGAUUUUGUUUUCAUUGUCUGUUGUGUGUGUCCCAGAGAGAACAGGUGAAAAGAGCAGAAGCACCAAGUUAUGAAGAUGCACAGUCGAGAUUUAACUUUAUCAGUGGGAAAAGAUAAACUUGGGAUUUGUAGGUUUUGAGCUUCCUACUGGAAACAUGUCCUUACUGACAGUGUGACAUCAUAACAGUGUAUUUCCUAUGGGUUUUAUUAGAUACUAGGAGUACAGUCCAAGUAUUAAUACAAUAUACAUAUUCAGCAUGAAACUGUACAAUCAAGCACAUUCUAGUAAAUUCCUAUCAAUGCUCUACUACAUAGACAGACGUCUUGUUCUAUGUGCCCAUGGUACUAAUCGAUCCACUACAUUCAUCUGUUAAUAUGUGAAGAGGUUCUCCAUCCACCUUUUAGCCUUUUAACGAACUUUGCACCUAAGCCAUUGAUUUUACCUAUAGAUUCUACUUGGCGUAUUUUGUGACUUACAUGGAUAUGUGCAGGGAUAUUGACAUGUUUGAUGUACAGUGGAUAUCAGGUUGAUCAGUCAGUAAAUACAUAAAUGUAUGAUAUCGGCAGUCCGUGUCCAGCUGAAACAUGUUGCAUUGCCUUAUGUGAUUUAUUUCUUAUUUUGUCAUAAGUGUCAGGAUCACAUCAGAAGAAUUUGUGCCACAGCUUAAUUUAAACACAUCUUCUGUCUCGUCAAUAAAUCAGAUUAACUACA